GACAGUUCAACGAGCGUGUCUUCCGAGGCUGGAUCGCCGGGCCACCCCCCAACCCGCACUCCCAACAACUUUUUAACAUCGUACACUCGAUCGUUGCCUCUCACCUCGAACGUGGCCCAAAAUCUGAUAAGGAUUUGUGGCUUUUACACCGCCAGUGUUUUGUGACUUUGAACUUCGAAUUCAAAUGAAAAUACAGUGGAAAAACAAAUUGUGAAAGUGAUGGGUUAGCCAGACAUCCCUCGUGAAAGUGGUUAUUUAGCGCACCUGUGGGUGAAUUGGAUUGAUAUUGAGUUGCGUGAAAAUUGUAUUUCACGGAGUUUCUUAUUGUUCUAUGGUCCAUUGUAAAUAAUUGUCGGUCUUUAUCGAUUAUACCGCUGUUGAUACGUGAAUUAUCUGUGUGACGUGAAUGAUCACUCAAUAUCGAUAAAUUAUGGUGUGUGUGGAGCCGUUAAGCUGAUACGCUAUCACUCCGUGAUCAGUUGGACAUCGCAAUUGUUGCAGAUCAACCACCAGUGACGUUUCGUGUGUAACACUUGCGGUCUGCGGAAUGUCUCGUGCGCUGAAUCAAAACGAUAUCCGUCCACUCGGAAUAGCAGUCAUUCUGUCGAUAAUCAUUAGAUGCGCAAUUAGUGACGAUUGGUGCAAAACCAGUGAUUGAUCAAUCGUCUGACUUGAAGGUUUGUGUUUAUAUCUGAUAUUCAACUGGUGCAUGCACUCCAGUAAUGAAGAGUGGAAGAGUUUCGUGUGUGAUGAUUAUUUGUUCGUUAAAAUUCCAUGGCUGAGUCCACUUGAUUAUGUAUUUUGACGUAAAUGUGCAGUGACAGCUGUGACACACCGUGCAACGGAUCCAGUUGAUGCACGGUGGAUGGGCUAUACUGUGGAUAUAUUUGAACCGGGGCUAAGAACCUGUGAUUAAUAAAUAAGUGAUUUUUAUUCCUUUUUCGUGAUUAUUUCUGGUGAUUCUGUGGAUGUACGUGUCUUCAAUUAUACACAACUGAUUCUGUCAAGAUAACCCAAACGGCUGAGUAACAUUCAAAGCUGAUUCUGGGAGACCGCAAGAACUCCGUGGUCAAGCUUGGGUGAAGGUGUUUUAGUAAUCAUAGUGCGUAGUCGUAGCUAGGGGCCUCACCAUGGAGUGCGGCAAGGGUCGACGGAGAAGCCUGCUUGGCGGGCUCAUCCUUGCCUGGUUAUUCAUCAGCGACUGCAUCGUAGCUGCUAGAGACAGAGAGCGUUACGACACAGCGUACGAGUGCGAGGGCAAAACGCUGAAGAUUGAGUGCGGUGAGGGUGAAUUGAUACACCUGAUAAGAGCCAACUAUGGGAGGUACUCGAUAACGAUAUGCAAUGAACAUGGGAACACUGAUUGGAGUGUGAACUGCAUGGCACCGAAGUCAUUUAGGGUGCUGUACAGCAGGUGUAAUGAGAAACAGAACUGCAGUAUAGCGGCGUCAACGAUGCAUUUUGGGGAUCCAUGCCCAAGCACACUCAAGUAUCUUGAGGCGCACUAUCAGUGCUUGUCUGCUGCCACAACGACGACAACGUCAAGGCCAAGUCCACCGUGGCUGAUAACUUCACAGCCGAGUGUAUGGAGUACAGCGAGCCCAAGUGUCCGCCCACCAUCGAGGGCAACGAGUCCACCGUCCCAGCUGCCAGCGAUAACAACCCUCAGCCCGCCCGUGACAACACCCCUCAGUUCAACGAGCACAAUGAGGACGUUGGAUGAGAAUGACGAGGAUCGGCUUGAAUGGUAUCCUCCGAGGGGUAGUGGUGCACCAGUGGUACCCACCCCCGAGACCACAGAGUCAACGACAGAGACUGGAUAUGCAUCGUGGAAAACGAGCAGAAGACCCAUAGUGUCAACCAGUAUUCCCUAUUCCGAUCCCAAUGCUAAUGGAAAAUGGUACGAUUACAACCGACUGUACUGCCAGUCAACAACGGCAAGGAAUCUCUUUUGGAAUGCAACGAGAGCAGGUGAUGUUGCUGUACAAAGCUGUCCAGGUGGUGCUAACGGUGUGGCUAGGUGGAGAUGUAUUGCCACUGAGGAUUCAGCCACCUGGUACAGAGAUUCACCAGAUCUCAGCGAGUGUCGAUCUGUAUGGCUGUCAUCCCUCGAGACACGCGUCCAAUCGGGUGACAAAAUUCUCACAAUUAGUGAUGAUCUCUCUGCUGUUACCAAUAAUAGCAGAAUAUUCUACGGUGGUGACAUGAUGAUAACCACAAAAAUUAUAAAAAAUAUGGCAGAAAAAAUGAGCCAAGAUAUAAGCACUUAUCGUGAUUCAAGUCAGAGUGAGUUCACGGUCACUGAGUUGUUACAGGGUGUUGUUAGAACUGGAAGCAAUUUGCUGGAUAAAGCGCAAAUGGCAUCGUGGAAAGAUUUGAGUCACGAGGAUCAGAUGAGAGUUGCAACCUCGCUACUUAUUGGUCUCGAGGAAAAUGCUUUUCUCCUUGCUGGCACACUACAUCAUCAGAAGACCAUUGUUCAAGAGGGGAAAAAUAUUUUAAUGGAGGUACGAGUAUUGGAAACACGAAAUAUCGACAAUAAAGUCGAGGUAUUUCCAUCUGAAUCAACGCGCGAUAGAUGGACAGCGUCGAAUGAUCGUGUUGAAUUAACAAGAAAAUCGCUAUUGGAGAAUAGAGAUGAGGGCUUGGUGAGACUUGUGUUCAUGGCAUUCGAUCGGCUGGAAGAAAUACUUCAGCCGCAGCAAGAGGAGUCUUUUGUUUCGUUGAACGACGAUGUUCGGCAGCGUAACAUCAGCAACAGGAUACUAAACAGCAAAGUCAUCUCGGCGUCGUUGGGUAAAGGACGUCAUAUUCAACUUACGGAGCCAGUACGUGUUUAUUUUGAGCAUCUUACCACGGAGAAUGUAACAAAUCCUACUUGUGUAUUCUGGGAUUAUGUAAUGAGUUCAUGGUCAGAGGAGGGCUGCCACAUACGUAAAACAAACGAGACACAUACAGUAUGUGAGUGUAAUCAUCUCACAAACUUUGCUGUACUGAUGGACGUGCACGCCGUGAAACUGGACAUGGCCCAUCAGGUCGCGCUACAAAUCAUCACGUAUAUCGGAUGUAUCAUCUCAGUAGUGUGCCUCGUGCUGGCCAUCAUGACAUUUCAGCUGUUUCGUGGACUCAAAUCUGACCGUACUACGAUACACAAGAAUUUGUGUGUGUGCCUUCUCAUAGCUGAGGUACUCUUCGUAUGUGGAAUUGGACAGACAGAUCAGAGGAUUGUGUGUGGUGUAGUGGCUGGAUUGCUACACUUCUUCUUCCUUUGUGCAUUUGCAUGGAUGUUCCUCGAAGGCUUUCAACUUUAUGUGAUGCUGAUAGAAGUUUUCGAAGCGGAGAAAUCGCGAUUACGAUGGUACUAUCUGGUGGCUUAUGGCGGUCCUUUAUUAGUAGUUGCAAUAUCCUGUAUCAUCGAUCCGUUGAGCUAUGGCACUGAUCGAUAUUGCUGGCUCAGGGCAGACAACUAUUUCAUCUUCAGUUUCGUUGGCCCUGUUAUCCUCGUUAUUCUGGCAAAUUUGGUCUUCUUAUCCAUGGCAAUAUACAUGAUGUGUCGGCACGCUAACACUACUGUCUCCAUGAAGAGCAAGGAGCACUCAAGACUGGCUAGUGCAAGUGGAAAGGAAGAAAAUGCUCUUCCCAACAAAUUGCAAGCGCACUUGGCAUGGCUGCGCGGUGCAAUCGUCCUAGUAUUCCUGCUGGGGCUGACCUGGACAUUUGGCCUUCUGUAUUUGAAUCAAGAGUCAGUUAUAAUGGCAUACAUCUUCACUGUACUGAAUAGCCUACAAGGGCUAUUUAUAUUUGUAUUCCAUUGCGUGCAAAAUGAAAAGGUGAGAAAAGAAUACAGAAAAUUCAUAAGGAGACACUCGUGGCUACCAAAGUGUCUGCGCUGCUCAAAGACAGUGACAAGCAGUUCAGGGGGUUCAACAGGCACAAGUGGUGGAGCAGUUGGUGUUAACGGUGGAAAAGACUUUCCAUCUCACAACACAUCAUCAAAUCCAUCAGCACCAACGACAGACAGCUCGGGAUUAUCACCUCAUGCAGCAUCCAAUUACUUGAUGUCUGGACGUGGAUGGCAAAACAACAUCGACAGACAGCCAAUGCCGGUGGCGAACGAGCCCCGGGAGACAGCAUCGACGGAUGCACACGCAGUGGCAACUCUUCCACACUCUCGUCACGGCUUCUUUCCAUCUACCAAUAAUUUACCAAAAUCAGCCACCGCCACUUGGGGCCCUAUUAACAAAAACCUCAUGUGGAAGAACAUUUCUUUUAAGUCGUACUCCCGUGAUUCAGGCCACGGUGGUUCAGAGCAGGAGGAGUCACCCCGUACCCACAACACAAUGACCCUUGGACACACUGGUCGAACACGAGACAGGCGUCAGAUGAACGACAGUUUGGAAAUAACUGGCGUUAAUAGACCAUCGGGUCGUCGUGCUGCAUCACCGUACAAUCAUACGUACACAGAGAUACGCGAUGGAGGUAGAGUGGGUGGUUAUCAUCAAGGACAUUUGAGGGGUCUGGUUGGGGAGGAUGAUCCGGUGUAUGAGGAAAUUGAACGCGGUGGAAGUGGAAUUGGUGUUGGUGUUGGUGAAAUUCAGGUGUCAGAUAUGUCCGAUGAGGAUGGUAGAAGGCAGAGCGAUAUGAGUAGACAGUCUUCGCGAAGUUAUGGGGACCACAGACCUUUGAUACCGUACUCACCGGCCAAUGAUCGACUAAUACAUUAUGGCCAAUCGGUUGAUCGUAAUGCAUUGCAGUAUGAUCCAUCCCAGUACAGUCCAGCCCAGGAGAGAACUCUCAAUGCGUGCUGGGAGAAGUUGAGGAGGCAGCAGGCCAAGUAUGAACUAGGUGAGAUGAAUCGUAUACCUGGUAAUUUUGGCAUGCCACAGCAGGAUCAUACAAGAACUGUUGCUGUUCUCGAUGGACACACUGUUGUCUGUCACCUGCAGCCACAAACGGACAUGUACACUGGCCGUGGAGUUCCCCCACCGUCCUACAGCGAGUGUUGAAUAAUAUUAUGAACAAAAAGAAAUCGCCUUUAAUUACUUUGUUGGCGUCCACAGCUCAAUAAUAAUCGCCGUUCUAGGUGAAGCGAUUUAUUUUCCUUUUCACUAUUUCAACGACUUUAUCGAUGUCAUUAGUUUCUUUUCCUUUUCUUCGAAUUUGUUUUUUUCGCGGGCCGAAAUCUACGGGGAUUUGAAAACAACGUAUUUGAGACUGGUUUGAUGACGUGUGAGGAUCUUUGGGAUUGUCGUUAGGGGGAGAGAGACCAUUGCGGCUCUGUUGACUCUGAAUAGGUUUUCAUUCAUUUAACUCUUUUCUACUUGCUUUUUUUAUGAAAACUGGUAUGACAGUUUGAAAUACAUAUCGUUUAUUGAAUUAACGAAACAUGAGUGAAAACCCAAUUAUUCGGUCGAUUAACCGAUUGAAAAUUGGAUUGAAAAGCAAUUUUAAAUUUAAUCCAGAUAACCAUUCUCAUUCGACUAGUCGUGAUUGGGAAAUGAAAUUUCCCAAAAAUUCGUUUUCGUUUUUCUAUUUUUUCUUUUUAAGUUUCGUUCUUAUACAAGAGUCAAUGACAACUGCCAUUGUCAUAAUCAUUGUCAAAUUAAUUUCCUCCAGAUGCUCUCCCAGUAUCAAUUGUACAUUAAAUUUUUGAAACGUUGCGUUUUUCAUCCCGAAAUGUUAUUUUUAUAAAUAUAUGUAGAAUGAUAUGUAUAUGUAUUGUAUACAAUAACGUUGUACUAACGAGGAGGAAAGAAGAAAGAAUAAUGAAAAAUGUGUGAAGGAAUGAUGAAUGAACGCAAUGGAUCAGAAGUGAUUGAAAAAAUAAAUUAUAUUCAUAAUUAGAUAGUGCGAUUUUUCGGAGAGCCGUAUUCUUUUUCGUUGAAACGGCAAAGGCGAAACUUAGUCACUGUUUUUUUUACUAUCUUUUUUAAAUAUAGAAGAAAUAUAUCCUAUUCGCGUCUUAAACACUCGAUUUAAUAAAUUAAAAGAAAAUAAAAAUUUCGUGCCCUAUUUAUUUUUUACAUAUCGCAAUUUUUCUUUUCUUUUACUACUGUAAAUUUUUCCUCUCGCACUGGCAAUUAUAUAUAGGUCCAAAACCUCUUAUUUACAAUUGUAAAAAUGAAUUAAUCGAUGCUUGUGCGAGACUGAUUUUUUUUUCUUUCGGGCAUGCAGUCAAUUUGAACAUAAAUACGAAUUAAAAAAAAGAUAAUUAUUUCAUCACUAUUUAUUUUCCGCUCAUUGAUCGGAUUUUUUGUAAGAAAAAAAAAAUACACCAGAGGAAGGGACAAAGUACUGCAUUUACGGCAAUCCCCCGCAAGCUCGGGUGACUUUAAUCAUCCUAGCAAAUUUAUAAUAGUUAAUAACCACAAUCGAGUUACGGCCGUGUUAAGUGUAUAAAUGUUCUCCUUUUACUCCCAAAUCGUUAAUCUCCCCACCCCCUCCCAAUCUCAGAAUAUCUCUGCAAUACAUUUAAAUAAAAAAAACAGUUGUAAAAAUGAAAUCCUCUAGUAUUUUGGUGAGACAAAAGCACGUACAUGGGAGUAACUAUUUGGACAUUUAAAUUGUAAAUGUUUGCUAAUUUUGUGACAAUUGGAGGGCAAACGUAAUCUAUUUGAAUCAUGUGUUGCAAAGAAAUCACAAUUUCUUUAAAAAUAUGUGCACAGAAAAAAAUGAAGAAAAGUAGUCAAAAUGAACAAAAUAAUAUGUAUCACAUUCCGCGAUUCCUUGCCACAACAUGACAACUCGGGGGCUCGAAAAAUCAUGUAACAAAUAAAUUGCAAAAGAGCCCCAUAUAGUGAGACUUUUUAAAAUGGAGCAAGAAGAGAAUCUUCUUUGUUUUCCAAAUUGAAAAAAAAAACAUAAAUGUGAGGAAGUAUUUGACUAGAGGAAUGAAAGUGAGUACGAGAGCAAGUGAGAGCAAAACGUUACUACGUUUUUUUUUAUGUUAUUAUAAUUAUUGUAGUUACUUAUCCUCGUUAUCCUUCGAAGAAUUUAUUUCGAAAAGAAGAAAAAAAUUAACGUAAAAAAACAUGGAGAGAAAAGAAAUGAAUUUUUGUACAUAAUGUAUAUAAUGCUUUGUACAUGUUGAGUACUUGUAAUGUAAAUCAGAAGAAAUCAAUGAUUGAGGAUGCAUUAAAAAAUAACUAAAUGUGAGAUACUUAUAAGGAGAAGAGACUAGUUUAAAUAGCCCAAUCUGAUUCAUUGAAAAUACUAAGAAAAACAAUGGAAAAAAACAUACUACAAAAAAAAACAAUUGAUGUGAGGACAUGAGUAUAAGAUUUUAACUUAAGUCUUGACAUAGGAAUGUAAAUAAAUUAAGCAAGGAAAAAAAUAAACAAUUAAAACUGCCCAAAUAACUAUUGAAUAUUUUUUUUUAUUAUUUAACUAGUACGCAAAAAACUACAAAAAAAAAACAAAAUGCAAUUGCUUCAGUAAAAACACUUCCGUCAUAAGUCUUCUUUUAUAUCGUAAAAGGAUGAAAUGAAAUAUUUGAAGGAAAAUUGUUUGGCACAGAAAACAACAGUUUCUGUUCAUGCGCAAAAGGAUGAUUAGACCAGAUGGAAUAAAUAAAUGUGUACCAAUCUUCAAAAUGGCUAUUAAAAAAUAUUUAUUUCAUA